CCGACUCAGAUAUUCACUGACUAACAACUCACCUGCUGUGCUGAAGGUGUGGCAGUUGGGCUCCAAGACUCCCAAUUUCACUCUUGAGGGUCACGAGAAGGGAGUGAACUGCAUUGAUUACUACAGAGGAGGAGACAAGCCCUACCUUAUAUCAGGAGCCGACGAUCACCUUGUGAAGAUCUGGGAUUAUCAGAACAAAACAUGUGUUCAGACCCUGGAGGGCCAUGCACAGAAUGUGACUUGUGUCUGCUUCCACCCCGAACUGCCCGUCAUUCUCACAGGCUCUGAGGACGGCACCGUCAGAGUUUGGCACUCCAACACUUACCGACUCGAAAACACACUUAAUUACGGGAUGGAGCGGGUGUGGUGUAUAUGUGGACAGCAUGGCUCCAACAACGUGGCUCUGGGCUAUGACGAAGGCAGCAUCCUCAUUAAGCUGGGUCGCGAGGAGCCGGCCAUGUCCAUGGACUCUGGUGGGAAAAUUAUUUGGGCUCGUCACUCUGAGGUGCAGCAGGCCAACCUUAAGGUGCUGGGAGAGGCUGAGAUUCAGGACGGAGAGAAGCUCCCACUUGGUGUCAAAGACAUGGGCAGCUGUGAAGUUUACCCACAAACCAUCCAGCACAGCCCCAAUGGAAGAUUUGUAGUGGUGUGUGGAGAUGGGGAAUACAUCAUCUACACUGCGAUGGCCUUGAGGAACAAGAGCUAUGGCUCUGCUCAGGAGUUUGUCUGGGCACACGACACCUCGCAGUAUGCCAUUAGGGAGGGCAACAGCGUAGUGAAAAUAUUUAAAAACUUUAAAGAGAAGAAGACCUUCAAACCUGGUUUUGGAGCUGAUUGCAUCUUUGGUGGCUUCUUACUGGGAGUGAGGUCAAACAGUGGAUUGGCUUUCUAUGGCUGGGAAACCUCGGAUUUGAUCCGCCGUGUUGAGAUCCUACCUAAACAUAUCUUCUGGUCUGACUCUGGGGAGCUGGUGUGUAUUGCUACAGAAGAGUCUUUCUUUGUGCUGCGGUUCCUGAUGGAGCGAGUGACCACAGCGCAGGAGUCUAGGGAAAUGCUGACAGAGGAUGGGAUAGAAGAUGCUUUUGAGGUGCUGGGUGAGGUCCAGGAGGUCGUAAAGACGGGCCUUUGGGUGGGAGACUGCUUCAUCUACACCAGCUCCGUUAACAGACUCAACUACUAUGUUGGAGGAGAGAUCAUAACUAUUGCUCACCUGGACAGGACAAUGUAUCUGCUGGGCUACAUCCCAAAGGACGACCGUCUCUAUCUAGGAGAUAAGGAGCUCAACAUCAUCAGUUACUCCCUGCUGCUCUCUGUGCUGGAAUAUGAGACAGCUGUCAUGAGGAAAGAUUUCAAUACGGCUGACAGGGUCCUUCCCACAAUCCCAUUGGAGCAGAGGACCAGGGUCGCCCACUUCCUGGAGAAACAGGGCUUCAGACAGCAGGCGCUGGCUGUGUCCACUGACCCCGAUCACAAGUUUGAGCUGGCUUUGCAGCUGGGUGAGCUGAGGACGGCGCAUGAACUGGCACUGGAGGCAGAGUCAGAGCAUAAAUGGAAGCAGCUGGCCGAGGCCGCCACUACAAGGUGCCAGUUUAGCCUGGCUCAGGAGUGUCUGCACCAAGCUCAGGAUUACGGUGGGUUGCUGCUGCUGGCGACCGCCUCGGGCAGCGCAGAGAUGGUGGGGAAGCUGGCCGAGGGGGCAGAGAAGGACGGGAAGACCAACGUGGCCUUCCUCACCUACUUCAUGCAAGGAAGAACCGACAAAUGUCUGGAGCUGCUUAUUAAAACCGAUCGAUUGCCCGAGGCCGCUUUCCUGGCGAGAACGUACAUGCCCAGCCAUGUCUCAAGGGUGGUGAAGCUGUGGAAGGAAAACCUGUCCAAGGUUAACCAGAAAGCAGCAGAUGCCUUGGCCGACCCCGGCCAGUACAGCAACCUGUUCCCUGGCCUCCAGCAAGCCCUGCUGGCUCAGCAGUACCUGAAGGAGGCUCAUGUCGGGGUCAGACCUGCUGCAGAAUAUCCCCUCGUCACGCCAAACGAGGAUCGUGAUGUUCUGGAGGAAUCCAAAGGUUUUAUUCCCAAGGGAGAGACUGCUGAACCAGAGGAGGCAGUGGACAAUAUGAGCGAGAGCUGCGAUGCACCUUCAGAAGCAGAAGUAAUGGAACAGGCCUUUCCAAUAAAGCACGAGUCUUGCGCUGAUCCCGUUCCACUGACAGAGAAAACAAUUGGUCAGACAGAGGAAGCUCCCCUUACUGUCCCUGAAAUUGAAAAGCAUGUUGAGCCGAACCGAGCACAUUCUCCGUGUCAUCUAGAGCAGGAUGUCAAAAGUGAAAAUAUCAUGAAAGCGGAGACGUUGGUCUCUGCAGAGGAACGCCUGGUGCAGGAACCCUGCGCUGAGGUUCCUGCCACAGAGGCAGAUAUCAUACAAUCCAGUCCAGUGGAAGAUGUGGGCUCAUCUGAUGAGCUUACUGUUGAGGAAAACGCUUCAGCAGCUGAAGCCCUGCCAGUGUCGGAACCAGAAAACAUCUUAUCCGAAGACACCGCAGCACAAACAGCAGAUGUGCUGAUUAGCACUGAUUUAAAAGCCGAUGCUCCAAUUACACCAGAAUCUGCAGCAUUAGAGGAAAGCUUCAGUCCUGAUCAACCGGAAACAGGCAUCAUUCCCUCACGAGUCUCACCCGUAGUCGCUGCAGCAACUGGUGAAACUCCUGUUGUAAAAGAAGCUGCAUCAGUAGAGGAGCUCAUCUCUUUGGAGCCCACAGAAAGUCCCCAGCUGGAUGUUCCAUCAGUCGCAGUCCAAGCUUUUCCAGAUUUGAGCCUUGAUCCACCGCUUAACUCAGACGAAGACACAGCAGCUGUGUUGACGCUGGUUCCUGUACGGGCGUUUGAGCAAGAGGAAGAAAGAGCAGAACCUCCUGUAGAGACUGUGGACGAUCCAGAGGUGGCCGGUGUUCCCGGGGCUGAACCAGAAGGUUCUGAGGCACCUGUAGAGAGGAACGUGGCAGAGCUGGAAGCAGGCUCUGAAGGAUCUGAGGAACCAGCAGAAGAUCUAGAGGAAGCGAUGAACAAUGAGGACCUCGAUGAUUUGGACAGUUUUGACCUGGAGGACAUCGAUACCUCAGAUGUGAACCUAGAAGAGAAUCUGCUGAGCGAAUAGGGGAGGCAAAACUACUUUGGACAUUUCUUUUGUGACCAAAGAACUUAAACAAUCUUUUUUAACAAGAAAAGCUACAAUAAGGUUUUCUUUCCCUAAAAAGGGUGCAAACAUGGGUACAGUAUGUACUCAUUUCAGACUUUAAAAGGUUAAGGGGUUGUAAUGAAUAGCUAGAAAACUCUGGGCUGCUUUUCAAAGUUAAAACUCGUACCUGUUCUUCUCAAACAUCACCGUUGAUCGGUGUUAGGAAGGCCAUUUAAUAAGACCUUGGUUUUAACAGGCAGGACAGUCUUAUCUGUUUUUUAAGUACAAGUUAGGUUUAGAAAUGUUAGACAGCUGUGAUUCUGUGCUGCAUUCUGCCUUGUUCUCAUGUUGGGGCUGCAAAGCACAUUUAUAUUUCCAAGCUAAUACGAACACUUUGGCCGUUUCUCAGAUGGCUUCAUGAACAAAGACCAGGGUUGAUGUGACCUCGAUCUUUCAGUUUCUGGUUGUAUUAUUUGUCUCUUUUAAAUAAAAAAAAAAUAAAAAAUGGA